AAAAAUAAUCGAACUAGUUAGGUCGCGCUCGUUUGUUGUGUAUUUUAUAAGAGCAAAAUUAUAUUUUACGGACUUCAUGAAGUAUUUGCGUUACGCUGAUAAUACAUUUCGCCUGUGCAUUAAUUUGUUCAUUUCGAGGCGCUUGUUAAACGCACAACACAAAGUUAAGAAAUCAAAAAACACAUUUUUGUGUUGGCAAACAAUGACAUUGCCCAAGACUCUGCGCCAUGUGCAAACCCAGCACGGCGAUGCCUCUGUUGAUGUGGAAAACAUUUUUCUGUUUAGCGCCAACUUACACACUGCCGGCGUUGCUUCUACGAAUGAAGCUGAAUUAGCCGCUCAAUCAGACGCUGAAUCUGUUGCCCCUAUUGCUAUCAAGUCUCAGGAGAUCAAAUCUACCGAUGGUGUGUGGACCUACGAAGCGAGUGAAGAUUGCGGCAGCCAACUCGCCACAAUUGCUGAGGCCUCACUGGAGCAGCUGCCCGAAAAGCGAAAGGCUUCCGAUGAAACAGAGGCCACAGAACCAAAGAAGCCGAAAUUGGAAACAAAGGAUUUGAAACUGACCCGUCCCGGCUUCAGUGAAGAGCGAUAUGAUGAGACUUCUUAUUACAUUGAAAAUGGCUUGCGAAAGGUUUACCCGUACUCUUUUACCUUCACCACAUUCACAAAGGGCCGCUGGGUGGGCGAAGGAAUUUUGGAUGUAUUCUCGCGGGAAUUCCGCGCCCAGCCUCCAGAGGAGUACAAGCGCAGCAUCGAGGCUGGCAAUCUGACAGUCAACUACGAGAAGGUGCCGGUUGACUACAGACUAAAGCACAAUGAUUUGCUAGCCAAUACUGUGCACAGACAUGAAGUGCCAGUUACUGCGCAGCCAAUUUCCAUAGUGCAUAUAGACGAUGACAUUUUAGUAGUGAACAAACCUGCUUCUAUACCAGUACAUCCAUGUGGUCGCUACAGACAUAAUACGGUGAUAUUUAUACUUGCCAAAGAGUACAAUUUGAAGAAUCUGCGUACCAUACAUCGGUUAGAUCGGUUAACCUCCGGCUUACUUUUAUUUGGCCGCAAUUCGGAAAAAGCACGUCAAAUGGAGCAACAGAUACGAAAUCGACAGGUUCAAAAGGAAUAUGUUUGCUGUGUGGAAGGUCACUUUCCAGAUGGUAUUAUCGAGUGUAAUGAACCUAUCGAAGUAGUUAGCUAUAAAAUUGGAGUCUGUAAAGUCUCAAAGAAGGGCAAGGAUUGUAAAACAACAUUCAAGAGAAUUGCCCAAGCUGGAGAUUACAGCAUUGUGCAGUGCAAACCGCUGACUGGACGAAUGCAUCAGAUCAGAGUGCAUUUACAAUAUUUGGGCUAUCCGAUUGUAAACGAUCCGUUGUAUAAUCAUGAGGUAUUUGGUCCAUUAAAGGGUCGUGGCGGAGACACUGGGGGAAAAUCUGACGAUCAAUUGAUCAGCGACUUAAUUUCUAUACACAAUGCAGAAAAUUGGUUGGGUAUUGAAAAGGAAAUCGCAGCUGAUACUACGAAAAAUCAAGAUGUUACUGCCCCCAAUACAAAUGACGAUAAUCAAACUUUAAUUAAAUCAACACAUGACUCUAAGGUUACAAUAUCGACCCAAACUAGUCAUGAACCUGCCGACAUGCAUUUUGAUGCUAGUAAAGUAACUAAAGAUCCCCAUUGCAUCGAGUGUACAAUGAACUAUCGGGAUCCAAACCCAGAGGACCUCGUUAUGUACCUGCAUGCGUGGAAAUAUAAAGGAGUUGGCUGGGAAUACGAAACCGAACUGCCAAGCUGGGCCUCUGGCAACCAAGAUCAUAUUACACUUAGUUUAAGAAACAAGCGUUGUUAAAUUGUUCAGUAAUUGUAAUGAACAGGCUCGUUGAAGAACCUU